AUGAACAUAGGGUUGAGCAAGGAAUCCUUAGUUGCGGCUUUAUCAGAAGCGAGCUGUCUGGUCAAUCAUACCCUUCUUAUGCAGUUACUGCCUAGUAUAUGUAGCAACACGAUACUGCCUUCAACAGUCAUCAGGCUCCUGAGUCUGGAAUCGUGUUCAACUAUCUACCACAACGUUACCGUGAAGGAAACAUUAGAAAACUACAACGACUGUGUAGGAGUGAAUUACAACCACUUCGUAUCUCUGAUGAGGCAAUCCUCAACUCAGACGAAAGUUAUUGAACCUACACCUGCGGUUGCCAGCGUGGGUAUGCACUUUCGCUGGGGUGAUGUUAGAAACAAGGAAACAAAAAUCUUGGAUUCAGCGACUCCUGUUAACAAGAGAGGUAUCAGUGUUCGCUCGAUCAAUCAAAUAUGGCACAAUAUUGAAUUUGUCAAUUGUGGAGGAGUUGAGGUUAAGUUAUAUAUGCAAGCCCAUAUCCCUAUCAAGAAAGGGACUUUUCACUUUAAUUAUACAGUAGUGGAUGGUAAUGAUUGGGCGGAUUUGAUAGAUUAUCAAACAAACGAUAUCUUUAUACAGGGAAAGUCAUCCUGGGGAAUUAUGGGUGCAUUUGUGAAUACGGGGAAGGUAGUUUCACGCCAUCCCCAAACUCAAUCAACCCAAACUCAAUCAAAUAUGAGCAGCAAUAUAGGAAAAGGUUAACCGUUCUGGGUGACGAUACACGUUUAGUGUACGACUGCAAAAGACGCUGAACGAUAGAUCUUUCGGAAUUAAACCACAAUAUUUAGUC